AUGACCAUGAAGCAACAGAUCAGAGUGCCACGUUUACGUCGUAUGGAGAAAAUGUUAUUGUCAAAGGCAUUACCUUCAAGGAAAUUAGAAAAUGGAAUUGAGGGAUAUGGUAUAGCUAACUCCUUCAACAGGCAGGGAUAUAUAGAUUUCAAUAACAGCAGAACGGAAGAAGAGCCUAAGAUAAAACAAGCAGUAGCAGCCAGAAUCUAUGGAGAUAAAUCCGCUUUCUAUGGAUGUGGUUUCAUCGGAUUUCAAGAUACUCUGUGGGAUGCCACGGGACGUCAUUACUACAAGAACUGCUACAUUGAAGGUGGCGUAGAUUUUAUAUGGGGAAAUGGCCAGUCUAUAUACGAGGACUGUCUGAUAAAUGCUACAGCAGGAUCACUGUUUUCUCCUGAUUCAGUGAGUUACGUAACAGCCCAAGGUCGAAGUUCACCAUAUGAGACUUCUGGCUUUGUGUUUAGACUAGGUGCUGUGUUUGGGACAGGAAAAAUUUUCUUAGGAAGAGCUUAUGGUCCUUACUCUAGAGUUAUCUUUCAUGGUACAACAUUGGGUCGAGCGGUAGCCCCUGAGGGCUGGAAUGAAUGGAACUCCAAAGGGCAUGAGGAUAAGUUGACGUAUGCUGAGGUUGAUUGUAAAGGUCCUGGAUCAGACAAGUCGAAGCGAGUUAAGUGGAUGAAAAAGCUUCGUCCCUCAGAGUUACAUCAAUUUUCAAAAUCAAGAUUCAUCAACCAAAAUAGGUGGCUUGAAAGCCAACCAGUAUGA